AUGAUGCGCCUUUACCGUCUUCUCCCAGCGGCUCUUCUACUCCUCUCACGUCCUGGCACUGCGGCCGCCCAGUUGCAUCGGAAUGACCUGCGUGACCUUGUCGAUGUCUGCGCUUCUCUAGACGUUGACCUUGCCAUCCCUCUGGGUAGUAAGCCCCUUGUCGUGGGCAAGCUCGAUCUCUGCCUUUGCAUAUCCGCUAUUCCCGAAUUCCUCCAGACUAACCUCAUCGCCAUCGCCGCUGUCGCUAUUGCUGGAAAACCCGUCGUAACUGGCGUGCUUACCGGGCUCAUUAAUGACGCAGCCGGAAAAUCUCGCUGCACUUAUCCCGAACACUCUGUCCCUGCGUGCACUGGUAAAUCCUGCGGGUUCAGUUGUACUGAUGGUUUCUCGCCCUCGCCUGCCUCUCAUCCCACCACUUGCGUCUGCAAGGCCCCCAACACUGUAUGUAACGGUGUCUGCGGCCACUUCCCGUCUUGCGCUUCUGGAAAACCUCACACCAAGAGAAGCAAGAAGGACAGGUUGUGGGAAGGUAGUGGCACGUGUUGGGACCGAGGCCAGGGAUGGAUGGCCUGUGGUGUAUUCGGAGGCGCGGCUCGCGCAUGGGAGUGUGUGAACACCAAGAAGGAUCUAGAGAGCUGCGGUGGUUGCAUGCUUCCUUUGACCCCCUACACUCCGACCGGCACCGAUUGUACAGCCCUUCCGGGUGUCGCGGACGUGGAGUGCAUCUCUGGCUCCUGCGUCGUACAACGUUGUGCAAAAGGUUAUGUCCCAUCGUGGGACGGUACAGAAUGCAUUCACACACCGUCAAGUCCUCAGCAUCAUGCCGUCUACGCGGAAUGGGACGAGGAUGACACGCCGGCUACACGCUAUGGCCUUGAGCACGUCCCGCUCAAGGCUUAAAACCUUCAUUUGAAUAUUCAUGACGGCCUCGUCGUAGACUUUCUUUGCACUCGACUUAUCAUCUUCGUCUUCUAUGGUCAGCCAGCUCCCUCUUCUACCCUUUCUCGAGGUGAAUCCGCGAUGGACGGUUCGGAUCCCUGAUUGCCCUGCUCUCCGUCUCGACUGUUUAUUUUCACAAAUCUAUGCGACAAAAAUGUGAUGCUCGUGUUGUGCCCUCUGCUUCUCACUGUGCAGAUCCUAGUCCUACUGUCGUUUAUAUAUAAUCGUCACUCGUUAUCAAUACACCUGCUUCGACGAUACACCUACCGUUCUCCUCAGACGUCCAACU